AUGCGGGACCGGCCCAGUGGAGAGCUGGACGAGGCGGAGGCCCAGCAGCUGAUCCUUCACCAUAUCGAUGCAGACGACUACGGGCGUCCGGUAGUGCACUCUGUGCCGACCGCGGGCGGUCACGAGGACCAGCCGUACGAUCCGAGCCGCUCGGUCGAGGCCAAGAUGCAGGGGCGCAAGGCAAACGACGACGAUAUUGAAAAGACGGGGCGCCCCGAGUGGCUCAGCAAGGUGAGCCUCGAGAGCGUUCCGCGUCCCUUUCGCCGGGUCGUCGCGGCGGCGGCGGCAGCCGCGUUCCUGCUCCUGCUCUUUGGCGUGUUCUACUUUGCCCUCGGGCCGCACGCGCCACCGCACGAAACGACGCACGCCUCGCCGCAAAACGUCGUAGAAGAGGCGCACGCCAAGCCGUCGCUCGGCACGUACAUCGGUUACCCUGGCACGUACAAGACCGGCGUACCCCCCGAAUAUGCGCAGGAGAUGGACCCUGCGCCGUCCAAGACACGCGGCGUCUCGCCGAUCCAGACCGGCGUGCCCGGCUUUGGCGAGUCGUUCAACCCAUUUCGGCACAUGGGGCCGCUAUCGCCGUACUAUUCUGCGCAGUGGGGCUCGGUCGACAAUGCCAAGUACCUCGUGACGCCGCGCAUGUCGAGCGGCGUGUGCACACUCUCCCAGGUGCACAUUCUGCACCGCCACGGCUCGCGGUACCCCACCGGCGGCGCCCCGACGCAGCUCGUGCGCGAUCUCGUCAAGAAGCGUGGCGAGACGCACGCCGAGUUCUCUGGUCCCUUGGCGUUUUUGAACACGUACGAGUACCGUGUCGGCGAGGAGCUCCUCGUGCCGCUCGGCCGCGAGCAGCUGCAUAUGUCCGGCGUCAAGUCCGCGAUCGACUAUGGCGCGCUGGCGGAGCGUGAUCUGAAGCAGAACAAGAAGCUGUUUGUGCGCACCGGCAGCCAGCAGCGCAUUGUCGACAGCGCCCUCGCCUGGUCGGCCGGUUUCUGGGGCAACCCCUGGCCGGAAAAGACCGACUUUGAAGUGCAGAUCGAGGAGAACCACUUUAACACGACGCUCGCGCCCAACUUUGCGUGCAGCGCCGCGGCCGAGUCGUUUGCCGUGCAGGACUAUGUCAACGAAUACCUGGCGCACACCACCGCCGAGCUGCAGAAGCAUGCCAAGAAUGUAAAGCUCACGCCGAUGCUCGUGCACGGCAUGCAGCAGCUGUGCUCGUACGACACGGUGGCCUUUGGCCAGAGCCCCUUUUGCAGCCUCUUUUCCGAAGCGGACUGGCGUGGCUACGAGUUUGCGUGGGACCAGCGCUUCUUUUACGACUACGGCCCCGGCGCCGAGGCCGGCGCCGCGAUGGGCCUCGGGUGGGUGAACGAGUUUGUGAGCCGCUUGACGCACACGCCAUGGAACGCGGCGACACAGACGUCGGAGAAUGCGACCUUUAACCGCGACCCCAAGCUCUUCCCGGUGGACCGUGCGAUCUACGCCGACUUUACGCACGACUCGGUGCUGACAAGCGUCCUUGCGGCGCUGCGCCUCAAGGAGUUUGCCAAGCCGCCGGUGCUGGCCGACAAGAAGCGCACGUUCCGCACGUCGCACGUCGUGCCCUUCUCUGCGCGCAUGAUCUUUGAAAAGUACGACUGCGCGGCGCCGCUCGGGAAGCGAGACGCGACGUCGUACAUGCGCAUGAAGCUCAACGACGCCAUCGUGCCGCUCGGCCAGCUGUCCAAGUGCCCCGAGCGCGCGGACGGGCUGUGCCCCCUGAGCGACUUCCUCGCCUCGCUCGCCGACCGCAACGACCAGGGCUGGUGGGACAAGUGUGAAAAAUAG